AUGCCUACGAUGUGCUCCUUUCAACUGGACCGCAUGGAUGCGGUCUACAACAGUGGCGAAUACAUACAUGGACGUAUAAUAUUGAAAACAGACAAAAUGAAGCGUGUAAAUGCUGUAUAUGUAACACUCGAAGGCGAGGCGCGUGUGCAGUGGUCUCUCAGCGGUAAAAGUGAUUCGGCGAACUAUUGUGGCCAUCAGCAAUAUUUGUACACCCGCACCAAUGUCUACGAUAGUGCUGAAUUUCGCCCCGGCACUCACGUCUAUGUCUUAAGAUUACGCAUACCGUCCGGUUGUCCGUCCUCAUGCAAAGGCCCAUACGGUUUUAUUGCUUACAAUAUAUCACUAACCAUCGCCAAGCCAUGGACCUUCGAUGAGAUCUUUCGCAAACCCAUAACCGUGGUGCAGGCAUUGAACUUGAACCAUAAUCCAGAGUAUGGACUACCCAUACGCGAUGAAAACGUGAAGUAUCUUUGCAAUUGGCCCUGCACCUCCGGCCCCAUUAUGUACACCUUACUACUGCCUUACAAUGGUUUCGUCGCACGCCAACAGAUACCAUUUUUCCUCGAAGUCGAUAACCAGUCACCACAUUACGAUAUUGCCAGCGUUGAGGCUUCACUAAAACAACAUUUCAUAUUCCUCGCACGUCAACCAUAUAAACGAAAUUUCUAUACGAAAACUCUAGCGAAGAGCAUCAUUACGGAACGCACACUUCGGCUGACGAAGCGCAUGUAUCAGGGCACUGUUUGUGUGCCCACCGAUACGCCACGAUCGACACUGAAUCCGAAUUAUAUUGUUUUUGUUCACUAUACGUUGCAAGUGAAAUUGAAAACUGGUUAUUUUCACUAUGACACAGAUCUAUCGAUGCCGGUGGUAAUCGGCACUGUGCCCAUACAGCACCGGGGCAUGCAAUUAGUGACCACAACUCAGCCACGUAGAAUCAGUACACGUGAUAUGUCUACACUGGAGGAGGAAGAUGGUGAUGUGGCGGGCGAACAGUGGAGUGUGCAGGCGGAAAUUAAUCAGACCGAAGAGGAUGGUGAGAACGAUGAGGAUGACGAUGGUGGCGAUGUGAUCGAAGAAGCUGCUGGUAGGAGUGUGAGAACAAGAGGGGCGCGUGCGCAAGAUAUAUCCAACAACAAUGAUGACGAUGAGCCGCCUUCGUAUGAUAGUUGUUUACCACCAUCUUUCAGUUUUGCCACACUCAGCAGCCAACAGACCCUAGACAGUGUGGGUCAGUCGUCGGAUUCCAAAAUACGCGCACAACAUCAACAGCGUGCCAUUAAGCUGCCCAAGUUCCCCGGAUAUGAUAUCAUCGCUGCCUCCACACAGGCCAUCAAUAUGUCUGCAGACUCAGCAUUGAGCUUGAAUUAUUAUCAUUCUUAUGGUUCGUUGGGCACUGGACACACUGGACGCAGCUUGGACACUUUUGCAUCGAGUUGUGGUGUACUCAGCGAAACAGAUGAGCAUGUGCGGGAAGCCAAUGAAGAUGAUGAUGACGAUGAUGAUGAGGACAUUUUCUAA